AUGGCCGAGGAGAAAGAGGCCCGGAAACACCGUCUCCCGCUCGGAACCCACCUGCCCGCAGUUCCUUGGGCUGCGCAGCCGGGAGAGGGCGGUCGCCCGCCUCCUUCCCCAUCCGGGGCGCCGGGGUCGCCGCGGCGGCCGAGCACUUCCGGGUCCGCCCCCUCCUCCGCGGCAGGAGCGCCUUUCCCCCGCCGGCGGGACUGCGAGGUUUCUGUUCCAACAUUUGGCAAGAUUCCUUGGCUUAGUGAGGCCAGCCUCAUAAACAAGCCAUUAGUGCUCAGCAUCCCCAAAAGAUAUCCUCAUGCCUCUGCCACUUUUCUGAUUUCAUCCAAGAAGAAUAGGAAUUUGCCUAUUUUGUUUCAAGUUCCAGAUGUCUUAUCUAAGGCCAGGAGGAUCCAGAGUAACCCCAUGCUGAUCAGAAACAAGCAGCUGUGCUCCACAUGUCAAGAAAUAAAAAUGGUACAACCAAGAACUGUGAUAAUCCCUCAUAAUCUGAAACUAUCCUUUGAGAAUUUUAUGAAUCAUAGAACGAUGAGUCUUCCUCCACCAAAAGCCCAGACUGUAUCCAAAUGUUCCCAUAAUGACAUCUCAACAGAGAGUAUUCACUACAGACUGCCCAUUCUGGGCCCCAGAACAGCUGUCUUCCACGGACUGUUGGCAGAUACCUACGCAACUCUGCAGGACACACAACUCUCUUCCUUACCCAGAAAGGAGCCAAAGGGCAAGACAAUGAGGCAGUGA